CAGCAAAAUUAGACCCAUGAGUACCAUGGCAUUUCCACCCCAAAGACCUCCUCUACAGAGUGUUGGUCCAAGGGGUGAGAUUACACAGAGCACAAUUCAGAAGAUGCUUGAUGAAAAUCAUCAACUCAUCAUGACAAUUGUCGACUAUCAGAGCAAAGGUCAGUCUGAAGAGUGCUCAAAGUACCAAGGCAUGCUACAUCGCAAUCUCGUUUAUCUUGCAACAAUAGCUGAUUCAAACAACCAAGCUGUUCAAGGACAAGGGGGUUUGUCUAUUCUCUAUAAAAGUGGCGGUAUGGACUAUGGACCUAGAGGCCCCCCACCCCCUCAUCCAAACGAGCAGCCCAGCAGCACAGUGCCACAUCACCCCAACCAAUUCCACGAACAGUUCCGGCAGUUUGGUCCCCAGUACAGAGGUUAUAGCCCACACUAUCCUCCUGGCUACAUGCCUUCUGGUGGCUUUAAAGGUGGUCCACCAGGACAGCCCUACCCUGCAGGACACCCACAGUUCUCUCAAGCGCCUCCACAAGUGCAGAUGCAACUACAACAGCAAGCUCAAAUCAUGCAAAUGAGGCAACAAGCAAUGUACAACCAGCAGAAGAUGUACCCCGGAGGAUACCCUGGAAGCGGUGGACAGCCAGGAGGUUACCCCCCUCAGUAUAGACCUGGAGCUCCUCAACAAUCUGGAGGACCGAGCCAAUAUCCCCCGGGUUAUUACCCUAGUGGGGCACCGCCCCCUGGUUCACACCACACCAACAUGCCACCCUCCUCUCAACCAAUGGGACCCCCUCAAAAUUCCAGUCCUCAGACUAGCCAAGCUCCCCCAACCCCUAGCUCUGGUCCUACUCCGAACAAUCCUGGUACACCACAGCAACCUCCCCAACAACCCGGGACUCCUAACUCUAAUUCCCCCGGACAAAACCAGCAGCCUCCAAACAGUGGCCCAGGUCCAAUGCCUCCUAACGUUAGCCACCCGUCCAUGCCAGGAGGACCACACCCCGCAAUGACACAGGGAGCUCCACACCCCCCUCACUCACAAAGUGGACCGCCUCCCCAGCAAGCUCCCGGACAAGGUGCACCUCCUCCCCACUCUCAGGUUCCUCAUACUCCUAACAUGCACCACCCUGGAAUGCAGCCUGGUCAGCACCCCAGCAUCCCCACGAGCAUGUCCGCUCUACCAGGACAACAACAACCUGCUCCUAACAUCUCCAUGGGUAACAUGCCCCCCGGGGGACCAGGAAUGCCCUCUAAUCAUCCCGGUAUGCCUCCUGCUGGCAUGCCUCCCAUGACUCAGCAACAGUGGGCAAUGCAGCAACAGGCUAUGCAAGCUCAGGCUAUGAGGAACAUGCGACCUAAAGGACCGCAAGGGAUGCCACCACAAGGAAUGCCGCCACAAGGCAUGCCACCACAAGGCAAUAUGCAACAUCCCUCACAAGGCAUGCAGAGUCCGAUGAAUGGGAUGGGUUCGCCUCAUACUGCUCACCCCACGGCUGGUGCCCCCAAUACAACAGUGCCGAUGCAACCCCCUGGAUCAAUCAUGUCCGGUCCUACCUUGUCUGCAGCGGAGCCGAUGGUCGAAAUAAAACAGGAGAACCUUAAAUUACCGUCAGAGCUUGGUUCUGGAAUUGACAAUGAAGACAAUUCAUAGUUCUUAAAUUUAUCAUGCAAUAUUCAUGUUUAAUUAAAAUGGAUCUCCAAUAUUUCUGUAUCUUUUCGCUGCUUUAUCCACGGCGGGACUGAUUUAUUUAUUUUAUUGAGUUUUUCAAAGGCUUAACAGAUUUUAGAUUUAACGCCUGGUUCAACUUUUUUCCAGACAUUUUUCUAACUCGACAGCUUUUGAAACUAGAGUCCAAAAAGAUCGCUCAGUGAUUGUUAUAUUAUUUUCAAGCCUUUUCCAACCUGGCUUGAGUUUUUCAAAUUAUAAAUGGAACUUUAAGAAAACAUUUGCUGCACGUUUGGAAGAUAAAUAAUACAUAGAAUCACAACGCUUGCUGUAUUUGAAAGCUGAAAUUUUAUUUCAUGAGCCUAAAAGUUUGAUGAAAAUCUACGAUCACUGACAUGCUUCUAUAAAAUUUGCCACCUAUUUUGUCCUGGAAUGUUCAGUCGAUUUUUUAAAUUAUUUAAGUUCAUUACUUAAGAUAUGCUGAACAGUUUCCACCUGCCUUUUCAAAUUAUUUCAUUUUUAAUUGAAUACAUUUUCAGAAUGUCGUUAUCAUUUAAAAACAAAACACUCAAUAUUCAUCUGAUUUGACGUUCAAAGUUUCCUAAACUCCGAAAAGCUUUAAAUCUUGAUUCAAGUAUAUGACACCACAAUAUAUACUCUGGUACAUUAAAGAUAUAAAGAAUUUCGGAAGCUUUGUAAAAACAAACA